AUGGAUCUGCCCUGUCCAGAGUGGGUUCGGUAUGUCGAGCAGAAAUGGACGGAACUGAAACCUGCAACUGAGCGCUUCUGCUGUCUGACAGAUAUAGAUGCCAUAUUCAACUACGGGCUUUCAUUAAUACGCCCAGAAGAUAUCAACGUCUUUUCUAAAAUUUCUGAGAAGUACUCCGUACAAAAGUCUCCCGAGAGGGCCUCUGAAUUUAGACAGCAGGGAAACCUCAGCUUCAAAGUGAGGGAUUAUACAACCGCAGCAUUGUAUUAUUCCAAGGGUGUUUGCCAUGCUGACAAGAAUACAGAAGAGCUUUCACUGUGCUAUGCUAACCGUUCUGCUGCCCUCUUUUACCAUGGCCUCUACAAAGAAUGUCUUGAGGACAUCCGGCGCUCUUUGGAGGCUGGUUACCCAAGCCAUUUGCAGGACAAGCUGAGAGCUAGACAGACCGCAUGCCUGAGCCAGCUUAAAAAACCUGAAAUAUCCAACGCACCAAAUAAUCAAACACCACCAUGCCAGAAAAGCAGAAACACUAGGAGUUGUAUUUCACCUGGUGUGUCUGUUUACUUUAGCCCCGAGAAAGGUCGUCACAUAUUAGCCAUGGAAAAUAAGACAGCUGGUGAGGUCGUUCUGGAGGACGAGGCUUUCUGUUGCGUACUUAUACCAGGAAACAAACUCAAUACAGUGACUAAUAAGGGAGGAAAGACGUUUAAUACUGAAGACCGAUACUGUCACCACUGCCUGAGCCAAUCACUGAGCUUUGUGCCAUGUCCAAACUGCAGUUACGUUCGGUUCUGUGGAGAAAGCUGUCAAAAGGACGCUUGGCAGCACUGGCACCAAUGGGAGUGCCAUAUUGGAGCAGAUCUUUUGGCCAUUGGGGUUUUGGGACAUCUUGCACUAAGAGUGGCCCUGAAAGCUGGACAAAACGAGGUCAAAAGGGUGAAAAAAAGCACUUCAGAAGAAGACCAUGUGACAUGUAGCUCUUAUAAAAGUGAUUUGCCAGUCAAGUUGAGUCUUGGAGAUCCCUGUGGAGAUUUCGACUGUUAUCAUGGCAACUCGUACAUGGGCAUCUACAGCCUUUUACCACAUGUGGCACAACACUCACCCAGCUCACGCUUCUUAUUAGUGAUUACCAUGGCAAUGCUUUAUAGGAGACUGCAGGGUGGACCCCCACCGGACAUGUGGGCAUCUUGCGAGAACAAAGGAGUUAGUGGAACUUGGGAGCCUGAGAUGAGUAUGUUGGGAGCCACAGCUCUGAGACACAUGAUGCAGCUUUGGUGUAACGCUCAAGCAGUCACUGCUGUUAUGGUCAAAGAAGAAAGUGGCAUGGCUGUUCAGUCCAGUAGUGAAAUCCGCAUUGCCACAGCAAUUUUUCCUGUUCUCAGCCUGCUUAACCACUCCUGCAGUCCAAACACAAACAUCUCCUUCACCACAGGCUUUCAAACUGACCCACUCAAUCAGUUCGUUUGUUCUGAAGGUCACGUUGACCAUCCCAAGACCUCUUGCAGUGGUGUGACAGUCACUGUACGUGCUUCAAAAGAUCUUACUCCAGGACAGGAGAUUCUGCACUGUUAUGGUCCUCACUGUAGCAGAAUGGAGGUGAAUGAACGUCAGCGCCUCCUGCUGGAGCAGUACUACUUCCACUGUAACUGUCAAGCCUGUCAAAGUGACCUAUCAGAAGGAAGCCAGAAAGCAACAGAAAACGCAGCACCAGGGCUGAAGUGUGUAAAAUGUGGAAAGCCUCUAUGGUCCCAUAUGGAUGGGUACAAGUGCUCUUGGCCGUCCUGUGAUCAUCAGAUCACCAGUGCUGAUGUGCAGAACAAACUAAAGGGUUUACAGUGUCUAUUGGAUAAGGCAUUUCAUCUCAUAGAGCAACACAGAUUAGACGAGGCCCUAAAAAUCCUAAAAUCAGCUUCUUCUGAGGCAAACAGCAUCCUAACAGAGAUUCACCCUCUCCAAGGAGAGCUAGCAGAUGCAACAGCUCGUGUGUACGCCACCACCGGUGAAUGGAGUCUGGCUGCAUCCAACCUUAAGCGUAGCAUUGUUGCCAUUCAGGCCCAAUUCGGAGAGGACAGCAUUGAGCUGGGACGACAGCUUUUUAAACUAGCACAGCUACAUUUCAACGGCGGAGACUGUGGUGCGGCUCUCUCUGUGAUUCCCAGGGCCCAUAAGCUCCUCUCUCUCCACUGUGGCCCUCACUGUGAAGAACUACAGGAACUGUGUGAAAUGGAGCGGUGUCUGCAAGGGGACUGCUGUGAAAUAACAUCUAAAAACUGAAUGAUAUUUUCAGCA